UAAUGUCAUGCGCGUAAAAGAAAACGUGACUACUGUGUUGGACAUGAAGUUUGCUUGAGUGCAGUUUAUCUUAGAUGUCAGAAUUAUGUAUGCAAUUUACAUCUCGAACAAAAGUUAUCAACAUGACAUGUCGAAUUUGUUCAUUUUUUUUACUUCUAUCAACGAUAGGGGCACAUCGUUUGUCAUGCCAAUUUGCAGACUAUUCCGUUAGUUUAAGUUGUAACAUUAGUGCAAGUAUCAAGACAGUGUCUUUGAUUGAUAAUCAUGGAAAUGAUGUUGCAAGGUGUGCAUUAAAGGGAAGUUCUGGCAAUUGUUCUUCGAAAGAUUUCGUAAAGUCAGUCAUUAGAAACAAUGUAGUGAUAUUUCAUGUACACAGAAACCGGACGACUGACUUAAAUGGGAACUGGUUUUGUUCACAGGAAAACAUUAUGUACAGGCCAGAAAUCUUAUCAUCAAAAGCAGAUAAAACUGCCUCUACGAUCGUUAAUCUGGUUGGUAAAAUCGUUCAAGAAGACGAUACUCAAAGGCUGUUGUUGACUUGUUCUUCAUGCAGAACACCUAAUGAAAAUCAUGCGGAGUUUCUAAUAAACGACAAUUCAGUGGACAGUAUAACUUAUAACAAUGCCACAGGAAAAUGUACCUAUUCGUAUGGGGAGUGUUCUAGACGUGAAUGCAACUGCAGUUCCUCUGGAAAUGAGUUUUCACGCUUUUUUGUUUUGAAAAAACAGUUGAACACUAAAACAUAUUUUUCAUGUGACAUAAGAUUUCAUAUUAAAGACGAAGAACAAUUAGUAGUAUUCUCUAAGGUGUCAACUUUGUCUUUUAAUGGAACAGAUUUUACAGACAGAGGUACCCGGACAGUUAUCAUCAAAUUAACUGAUAUCAACAACCGACCAAAAGACAAAGACAGUAAUACAGCAAAUAUAUUGAUACCUGUAAUAAGUGCUUCUGUUAUUAUGGUAACCAUACUACUGACUGUAGCAGUAUAUUGCAAUCGAAAAGGAAGAAGAAGAGAAAAGAAAAAGAACAUUGUAUCAGAUGAAGACAUUCCAUUAUUAGACACGAAUGACAAGACAGUUCAAGUACACCCUAAAGAAUUAGACUCUUCUGGAACUCAUGACCAGUAUGUGCAGGUCAACUUUGAUGCAGAUAACUUUUUGUUUAACAGCACUUUGCCAGAGUCAAAUACUACGAGAGAAACUGAUAACCGGUGUGUGCAUGUCUUCUGUGAAGCAGAUAGCCUUUUGCCAAACAGCUUAUUUCAACUAUCAAAUAUAAAGACAGAAAAUCACGAAGAGACAGACGAUGAAGAUUACGUACAAGCGCCAGAUGAUUUAACAUCGGAAUCUAUACAUGACCGCAUUGAGACAGAAUCAAAACAGAACAAUGAUACUAUAAACAAGAGUAUAUCACCUCAACCAACGACAGGUUCUCAGAGCCGCAUGAAGAGACUAGACUAGCGGCAUUCUUCAAAAACUCGUAUCAACUCUGAUCACCAAAGCAUGAUGUAUGUUAUACAUGACAACUGCGUAUAUUUUUUAGAAGUCUUAACGUGAAUAUUGUUGUUAUUUUUAGUAGAAAGUUAGAAUAUAAAACAUUCAAACACGAGCUCGUCUUGCAAUUUUCUUCAAGAAAGAUCUUAACUUCUAGGAAAAAUAUGCUGUAUUUUAAAUAAAAUUUGUGGUUCGGAUUUUUAUGAUUUAUUUGUGUCACACUUGUGCCGCUUUAUAUGCUGUAUUACGCAAAUGUGCUACUUCGAUCUGUAGAAUAUCUAAUGAAGCUGUCCCAAUAGUAGUUUAUGAGAUGCAUUCCGUUGUUGAAAGUUCAAACUCUUUUAAAUAGAACAUUAUUAUUUAACCACCUAAUGAUAUUUUUUACAAGUGAACAAAAUCAAAAUAAUUAAAUACCUUCUUACUUGAAAUAAUUUCUUAUUUUGUAUACUGCAGAUCUAUAUUAAACAUCUAGGUAAACUUUUUGUUUCAUUUUC